UUUACAAAAACAUGUCACUACGAAGAAGACUUAUUUUACUCAUCAUCAUUUCUGUUACUGCGACCAUCCUUAUCUCUCACAGCCAAACUUUAAGGAAACUCUUGCUUGCUAUCACCGAUCGCAGUUCUGCAAGUAAUCUACGCGUGGAAGCCAAAAUACCACUGUUCGAAGUGAAGAAUUCAGAAAGACUGAAAGGAAGAUACACAUCAAGUACCGCCCCUUUCACCAAGCAAGUAAACCAAAGGUCAGUGGACCAGAACAAAUCGGUAAACAAAACGGCAAGUACGUUUCAAGAGAUUUCUGCCGUGAAAAGAGACCCAGUCGGGAACAAUAGUGUCAAAUUUCAAGAGCCACUAAGUAAUGACAUGGCUGCAGACUACCGUGCGCGAGGCCAGAGAGUAUUAACUACAGAAAAGAAACAGGAGAAACACUUGGCAAAUAAAGCAGCUCAGAACGUAUCGGUAAAGAAACCGGCGAAGAGAACUCCUACUUCAGAUAAGAUAAUUACGAGCAAUAAGACUGUUGUCCAACAUAAAACGAAGCCAGAUGAGAGGCGGUUGCUAGCCAUUCCUCCAGCGAAAGUCUUUGAAUCAAUCAGAAUUCUUGUUGCCUUUAUUGGUUAUCCAAGAAGUGGACACACUCUGGUUUCUUCUCUAUUGGAUGCUCAUCCUCACGUAUGUGUGGCCAAUGAAUACCAGAUUUUUCAAAAAUGGCUGGGGUUUGGCAAGAAACAACAGAGUCGUCGAUUUGUGUUUUUAGAACUGUACAAAGCUGCUGUGUCUGAUUCUCUCACUAAAGGGAUUCGAUCUGUGAAUGCCACUCAUCCAUUCAGUUAUACUGUUCCUGGUGAAUGGAAUGGAAAAUAUGAUCGAUAUCUACAGGUGAUCGGCGACAAGCAUGGUCCGAAAUCAGCUAAGUUGCUGUCCGAUGAAGAGGGGAAAAUGCUACUAACCUCGAUGCGAAAAACACUGAACAUAUCAAUAAGACUCAUACACGUAAUUCGCAAUCCAUACGACAACAUUGCUACCAUGGCCAUCCGGGCAUCGAACAAAAGGAGUUUCAUCUCAGAGGGAAAGGUAUUGGACGAACCAGACCGUUUAUGGCAACAGACCCGGAUAUACUCUAAGCUUCUUGAAGACAACACACAGCUGCGAGCCUGGUUUCAUGUACUCGACGUCCACAAUUCUGAUCUUAUUGCACAUGCUGUGGAGACACUAGAUGAGAUAUGUCACUAUCUUCACAUCCAAUGUUCAAGCCAGUAUUUGUCACACUGUGCGAGCGUGGUGUUUUCGUCUCCUUCAAAGACGAGAAACAACGUGAAGUGGACACCGAAAGUGAGAGCUGCUAUUGAAGAGUUGAUAAAGACAUAUCCAUUUUUGAGUCGUUACGGCUUUGAUACGAAUUAGCA